AUGGAGCCUGCCCAUCUGGAGUGUCGGGGCGAGGACUCUCUGGCGAAGUCUCCGGAGCCGCCAGGGCAGUCCGAGCCCCGCGCUCACGCCCGCCCGUCGGGCACCUCCGGCGGGCAGGGCAGCCGCGGCGGCAGCGGCCAGCACCUCGGGCGCGCGCGGGAGCGGAGCCGCUCGCGGAGCCCCCCGCGGAGGCGGCCCUCGAGCCCCGCCGGAGCCUCUGGGAGCCGGCGGAGGCGCCCCGGCCGCAGCGGCGGCGUGGUGGCAGGCAAGCGCUCCCGCAGCCGCCGCAGCAGCGGCCCGGCGCGCGCCCCGAGGGCCCACACGAGCCCCGAGGCGGAGGGUGCCAGGCGGCAGGCUGUCGUCCAGGAGCGCAGGCGGCGUGGCAGCACGGGCAGCACCGGCAGCGCCAGCAGCUGCACGUCCCACAGACGCCUCGCCGGCAGGGGCGGGCGGUGCGGACCCAGCAGCAGCAGCGGCAGCAGCAGCGGCAGCGGAGGCGCCCGAGGCCGCACCCCCCCCGGGGACGGCAUCGGCCCGGCGCGCCACAGGGCGGGGGCCGGCGGCGACGCCGAGGCGGCACUGUCGAGGUGGGACAUGCGCCCGACCGCCCAGACGGUGAGGGAGGAGAUCGAGAUCCGGAACCGGCUCGCCCUGGGGACUCUCUUCAUGGAGUUGCCGGCAUUCCAGGAGAUGUACCCAUCCCUGGGGGACCCCAUCGUGGCCCUUACACUGCGGUCUGCUGAAACGGGACCGUACUCAUUCGUGGAGUUCCGGGACGACACUCUGGCGAGCACUGCGAUAUUGUUCAGCGGUUUCGAGUUGCGCGGCAGGAGCGUGGGUAUCCAAAGGCCGCUGGGAUACAUCCCUGCUCCAGGCGGCCAUGCCAAACCGUUAGACGUGACGCCCCUGCGCCAGUGCGGGUUAUUGCCGAUGGUCCCGUCGAGAGGGAACGAGGGCAAGCUGCGUCAGUUGUACUUCGGCAACCUCGCUCGCGGGAGGACUUCCCCCGAGGUCAUCAUGAAUUUGCUCAACCCCGUCGCCCAGAAGCUUGCAGAAUUUCGGGCGGAGGAUGGGCCAGCCGUCACAAAUAUCAGCAUGGGCGCGGACGACGUUCACGCCUUCGUCCAGUUCCAGAGCCAGAAACUAGCCACUAAGAUUAUGCAGAUGUUCGAUGGCCAGGCUGUGUUUGGGAGGUGCCUCAGGGUCAGGCGCACGAGCAUAUCCCCAUCGGAGGCGUCGACAGUCGCUCCCCUGGAGCUUCAGGCCGUGGAGGCUCUGAUGGCGAAGCUGCCAGACAAGGUCGCCUCGACCAGCCACGUGGCACCCUUCAUCAGGCAGCUGGCACGCCCAGGGCCGUCCUCCACGCCAGCCACGCCGGCAGUGCCGCCGACCGAUCCGCUGGCCAUGUCGCCGGUGCAAGGCGCUCCCCCUUCAGCCACAGCGGCUUCGCCACCGCCUGGGGCGCCCAUGCAAACAACUGCGGCGGCGGCGCCGCCACCGCCGUCGUGCGAGGCGACUGCGCAGCCAGCCUCGGCGCCGCCGCAGGUGUCUGCCGCUCCGUUGGCCACGGCCUCCUCUCACGAGGCGACGGUGGCAGAGCCGCUGGCGAUGUUGCCCCCAACUGGCGCGCCCCUCAUGGCCGCGUCAGCGCCUCCGCCACCCAGGGUACCCGAGCAGCCAGCUGCGGUGGUGGCGCCGCCGUCGCCGAGGGCAUCACCGCAGCCAGUCACAGCACCGUCGCCAGCGACCGCCCCGCCAGCCACGGCUUCCCUGCAGGAGGUGCCAGAGGCGCAGCAGCCGCCGCAUGAGGCGCCUGCGCAACUAACCUUGGCGACACCGCAGGCCACCCGAGGCUUUGAGGAGCCGACCAGUGCAGUGGCCGUGGGGGCCACGGCUGCGCCCUCCGCCGCAGCGCUGACGCCGCCAGCUACGUCAGAGGCGCCGCAGAAUCCAGACGUGCUCGACGGGAUGCCGCAUGGGGAGCCCGCCGCAGCGACAGCGGUAGAGGCAGCGAGCGCCUCGCCGCCGCUUCUCACUUCACUUACGGCCCUCUGA